UCUUCGAUGCGGAAGAAGAGAGACGAGUUUGUUUUCGCGUCUGAAAUUGUUUGUUUUGGAUUUAUAAUGAAACCUAAGUCGCAGACAACAAUAACAACAACAACAAUAAAGAAACGGGUUUACAGUUUUAUCUCCAGCUGAAGUUUGACCGACGUACCAGAAGCCAAAUGGCUAAUUUACAGAAAGCGAUCGAUCUCGCCAGCAAAGCUGCAGCGGAGGACAAAGCCCAGAACUACGAGGAGGCGCUGAGAUGUUACCAGAACGCCGUCCAGUACUUCCUCCACGUGGUCAAGUACGAGGCUCAGGGCGAGCGGGCGGCGCAGAGCAUCCGGGCGAAGUGCCUGGAAUACCUGGACCGAGCGGAGCAGCUGAAGGAGUACCUGAAGAAGAAGGAGAACGCCCCGCCGGCCAAACCCGUCAAGGAGUCUGACGACAAAGGGGAUGAAAGUGGUGACGAUGCAGAGAAAAAGAAGUUUGAAAAUCAACUCUCAGGCGCCAUCAUCAUGGAGAAGCCGAACAUCAAGUGGGAGGACGUCGCCGGCCUGGAGGGCGCCAAAGAGGCCUUGAAGGAAGCCGUGAUCCUGCCCAUCAAAUUCCCUCACCUGUUCCAGGGCAAGCGGACCCCCUGGAGGGGGAUCCUGCUGUUCGGCCCCCCGGGGACCGGCAAGUCCUACCUGGCGAAGGCGGUGGCCACGGAGGCCGGAAACUCCACCUUCUUCUCCAUCUCCUCCUCCGACCUGGUGUCCAAGUGGCUGGGCGAGAGUGAAAAGCUGGUGAAGUGCCUCUUCACGUUGGCCCGGGAGCACCGGCCGUCCAUCAUCUUCAUCGACGAGAUCGACUCGCUGUGCGGUUCCCGCAGCGAGAACGAGAGCGAGGCGGCGCGCAGGAUCAAGACGGAGUUCCUCGUGCAGAUGCAAGGCGUCGGAAACAACAACGAGGGCGUCCUGGUGCUCGGAGCCACCAACAUCCCCUGGACGCUGGACUCGGCCAUCCGGAGAAGGUUUGAGAAGAGGAUCUACAUCCCGCUGCCCGAGGCGCACGCCCGCUCCUUCAUGUUCAAGCUGCAUCUGGGCUCCACCCCCAGCACCCUGACGGAGGCGGACUACGUCACCUUGGGCCAAAAGACCGCCGGCUACUCCGGGGCGGACAUCAGCGUCAUCGUGAGGGACGCCCUCAUGCAGCCGGUCAGGAAGGUCCAGUCCUCCACGCACUUCAAAAAGGUCCGCGGGUCAUCGUGGAACAACCCCGACGUGGUGGUGGACGACCUCCUGACCCCGUGCUCGCCGGGCGACCCCAACGCCAUCGAGAUGACGUGGAUGGAGGUCUCCGGGGAGAAGCUGCUGGAGCCGGUGGUGUGCAUGCCCGACAUGCUGCGCUCGCUCGCCACCACCAAGCCCACGGUGAACGACCAGGACUUGGACAAGCUCAAGAAGUUCACAGAGGACUUUGGUCAAGAAGGAUGAUGAAGACGCUUCUGCUCUUCACUUUGAUUUUUUGUGUGGCUUUUUUCUAAACUAAUCAAUCAACUGCACGAUUAUUUGCUCAUUUAAAUCGAUCCAUCGCGUUUACAGCUUCACAUUCGUACAGUUUCCUUUUUACGUUUUAUUUGGCGUGUCUCAGAAAGCAGAAGCGACCACCGGACGGUCCUCGGGGUCGACGCGGCGCCUUCUCAAUAUCGUCUGUUUCACCGUCGGCUUUUAUAUAUUUAUACUGUCGAAUUUAUCAAAACACUCUUUUAAACACGUCAAUAACCGUUUACUGGUUAUUUUUGUUUCUCUGUACACAUCGUAAAAUUAUAUAAAAUGUUGUACCUUUUCUUUUUUUAUUAAGCAUUUGUAAAUGCCAUCUGCGUAAAUCAUCUGCACUAAACUUUGAGACCCUU